CUUUGAUCUCCCCCUUUGUUGAACUUGACUCUUCCCCUGUCAGAUGACAUCCUUCGUGUCAUUGAUUUGAUCGAAUUCAGGGUCUAUUGUCAAUUUUAUUUGAUAUCUUCGCCAUCGCGUGUAUGCUUGGGGGAACAUACACUAGAUGUCGACUCCGCCGCAGAACCAAUCACCCCAGGUCGGGAAGCUUGUGAGCGUGGUCCCCGUUGGAUUAAAGGAGGCCGCUCUCGAUUCACCGACCUUCCGCGCCACAACACUCCACUUCUCGGACCAGAUUGAAUACGUUGAACGAUGGCUCGACGGAUACGCAAAGGCCGCGUCUCGGCUGGCUGCAGACUCGGCGGCUCUGGAGAGUGUGGUGAACGUUUUUCUGUCAUAUUCGACAAAUCCCCUGGUUGCGUCUGAGGCCGUACUCGACCAUGAUUACACCCUGCUGGCGAUGAGGAGAUCUGGCGACAGCUCUAGGGAUCUGUGGAAUGGAUUCGUCGCUACGACCAAAAGGGUCGAGGGGCUCGUGUCAGAGCCUAUUCGGGCCUUCAUUCAGGAGGAUCUGCGGAACUUCAAGGAAACCCAUCGCGCUCUCGAACAAACACAGAAGCACUACGACUACCUGCAGACUAGAUACUCGGGACAGUCAAAGUCGAAAGAACCGUCGUCGCUCCGAGAGGAUGCCUUCCAGCUCCACGAAGCCCGCAAGGCUUACCUCCGGGCAUCGAUGGACUUUUCCGUGCAAGCUCCCCAAUUGCGGAAUGCUCUAGAUAGGCUGCUAGUCCAGGUGUCUUUCGAAAACUGGCGCGAGUUUAAAACCUUCCACAGCAACAACGGCGCCACGUUCGCAAAAUGGGGCCAGGAGAUGGACCGCAUCAAGGGGUGGAUCCACGAGAUGGAAGGAAGCGAAAGAACCUCGAGGCGGGAACUUCUCGGCGCUAGAAAGCAGAUUGAGGAUGCCGCCGAGGUGGCGUCACGGCCGUCUCGUGAGCUGGAAGACUAUAAUCUUUCUACCGUUCCUUACCAUGGAUCUCGCCCGAUCUCUACGCUCGAGAUGACUAAAGACGCAAAGCCGGAGAAGCAGGGGUGGGUCAACUUGCGUACACUCUCAGGGAAGCCCACUCGCGCCUUCUGGGUGAGGCGCUGGGCUUUCUUGAAGUACGGCAUAUUUGGCUGUCUGGUGCAGGGUUCGCGGACCGGUGGUGUUGAAGAGAGCGAGAGAAUAGGUGUCCUUCUCUGCAGUGUUCGUCCGGCUAUCCAGGAAGAUCGGCGAUUCUGCUUCGAGGUCAAAACAAAGAGCACCACCAUAUUGCUUCAGGCGGAGACCCAGGAAGAACUGAUCGAGUGGAUCGGGGCCUUUGAGGCUGCCAAACGGAAAGCAUUGGAGAACCCAGCAAGCACCGAUAUUUCGGUGUCUGGAAAGAUGACUGUGCAAGAUCCUGCAUUUUCCAUAUCCCAGCCUCCAGCCCCUGAAUUCGCAGCUGACCCAGCCGACUCUCUAACUCCCCACUCGAGCGACGAACAGGGGUCUGGUGAUCGCCUUGCUCUACCGGAGCGCGAGAGUGCUCUUCGGAGUAGUACUGAUCUAGGCAGUCAUCGGCGGAUGACAUCUGGGGAGCCUGAAAGCUCUGCGCGGGAGCAUACUUCACGAAUCAUGCAUAAAUUGGAUCUCCACCGCAAGGGCAACAAUGCAGUGCAGCCAUCUUAUUCGAUCCCGGGUGCGAAUGGCGGAAUAGCGAGCCUGAUCUCGGCCAGUCACAACGCCAUUGCUUCCAGCGGUGCCCUCCCGCCUACAUCUACUCUCUUGGACAAUGACGGUACAAGAAGUCGUAGCAUGACGAAUCCCCUGGAUGCUCCUUCAACUCUGGCGCCUCUGACAUUGGCAAACCCGCCUGCGCCAACAAGUAUGAGCAAGGCAGCCGUCCUAGUCAACAAUGAACGAGGGAUCGGCCUUGGCCAGAGCGAUAAGACUGGGGGAAUGCCAAGCGGUAUGAUGGCGAACUUAUGGGGUAGCUCCAACUGGGGUUUCAUGAACAAGUUUGCACGGGAACGCUUGAAUGGGGACGCCAUUGGCCAGACUACGACAUCUGUACAGCCACCAAUUUCGCCAUCGAGUGAUUCAUCUAAAAAAGAACUUGCCGAAGGGGACAGUGGACAGCAAAAGAACGGCCCGCGUCACAGACAGACCGUUAGCCUCGAUGGAGACGCCUCCAAGAUGCAGCGUUCGAUCUUGGGGCUCGCACACGAGUAUCCUAGCUACUACCCACCACAACUCAAGAUUCAGGAUGCCCAAUUCCGUCUACUUUUCCCCAACGUCCGGAGAGAGGAGCCUUUGGUCAUGGUGUUUCGAGCCACGUGGAAUCCGAAUGAUCAGCAAGAGUUCCCCGGAAGGGCCUACGUUACUACGCAAAACCUCUAUUUCUACAGUCACUACUUUGGUCUGGUCUUGACUACUAGUAUCUCUCUGGAUGGUAUUAGAGAAGUGACGGCUGCUGCAGGAAGAGAUUGCGAUUUCCUGUUUCUUCACACCAUCCCGCCUCCCGGAGAAGACACCCCUGGCCGAGUGACAGUCAAGACAUUCCUCGAGCCGCUGAAACUUCUCCAGAAGCGCCUCAAUUUCUUGAUCAAUGACUCUACAGCCGUGGAGCCUAUGGGGUUGGAAGCGAUCUUCAAGACGCUGAACAAGAUGGAAACCGAUUCUUUGACGCGGACUCCUAGUUUGGACAGUUGGGAAGACGUGACCGGCGCGGACGAGACAGCUCAUGCUGGUGAAGACGUCACCGAGUCGGGGCCUAGAAGGGAUUUCCGAGCGCCCAUAUAUAUCGAUAAAACUCUUGACCCGCAUCCCAAGAGGUACGGCUAUGGACGGGAUGCGUCAAAGUUCAGACUGCCAACGCAGCCAGUUCAGUACGUUCCCCAGGGGAACCUUAACCUGGCAGCGGAGAAAGUGUUCGAUCUCAGUCCGAAAGCGGUCUGCCAUAUACUUUUUGGCGACAAGAGUGCUGUCUGGCAGCUGCUCCUCCAUCAAAGAAGGGCGCGAGACAUUAAGCAAGGGCCAUGGGUCAGAAACCAUUCGCGUCAUUUGAGGAGAGACUUCCAGUACCAAAUUGAGACGGAAGACUUGUUUGGACGAUCCCAAGCCAAAAGUAUCUCCGAUUACCAGAUCAUUGACGUCCUCAAUGAACAUCUGUGCUACGUGGUUACAGACAAACGGACUCCGUGGCAUCUUCCCUUCAAGCGUUCUUUCAGACUAGUCAGCAAGAUCGUGGUCACAUUUGCCGCCAAGGGGAAGUGCAAGCUUUCGAUUUACACUAAGGUUGAGUGGCUGGGGUCGUCUUAUGGCCUCCAAAAUAUCAUUGACAAACAAGCCAACAGUGAUCUGGAGCAAGAUGCUCUGGACUUGGUCGAUUUGGUCAGCGACCAGGUGCGCCGGCUCGGCGCACACAGCCGAACCAAGAAAGCCAUCACGAUCUUCGGCCACAUCGGGCGGCAGAGUCUCGUGUCGCAGUUCCCCAGCGAGCCGGAAUUCAAAACGGAGCCACGCAAACCACGGAAGCAGCGCACGCUGGCCGAGCUACUCUACGAGACGUUCGUCAGUCUACUCGAGAGCACGGUGUCAUCCAUCAUGCUCUGGACGUUUGGGCUCUUCCGCUGGAUCUGGAAGACCACCAACGCCAAUAAAGUGAUCCUGGGACUCCUGAUAUCGAGCGUUUUCAUUAACUCAUUCUACACAUCGCGGGACGCAUACGAGUGGUACCACGAGCGAAACGCCGGGAACUUCAUGGCUCGGCUGGGUGUCCACCCGGACCACGUCAUGAGCAAAGCUAUCUACAUCAAAGACAUCGACGAAGCCAUCGCCAAUUCAAGCGUCGGGAACACCACCGACAGCGGCGUAAGCGACUGCUUCUCCACCUUCCACCAACAGACCAUCCGUGACCCGGGCAGCAUGCUCGCCGUCGGGAUGCCGAGCGCCCGGGACGCAAUGACGAAGAGCGCCGUCCGACGGCUGCAGCAGACGCGCGAGCGCCUCGGCAUGUACCGACACAACUUGCUCGUCGCACUCCGGGUGGUUAACAGCAUCGAGAAGGAAGUCAUCGAGGGCGAAUGGGAGCGCUGGCUCAAGCAGGAGUUGCGCCGCUGUCGCCAGGUGGAAUCCCUCCUCGGAAAAGACAACGGAAGCGACGAUGCAGACGUGGACCAACCGAGUCCAUCUGUGUUUGCUGACCUCACGGGCGACGUCAAGAAGUGGUAUGAUCAGUAUUGCACCAGCUGUCGCACAGAGCAGGAUAAGCUGGUGGAGAAGGGGCGCAUUUUGGCAAAUCCAUGAUCCUUU